AUGUGAUGAUAGUAUUUGCCCCCACCUCCCCCACCAUAUACUACUCUCUCUCUCUCCAUUCAGAAGCCCCAAAACAAACCCACAACUUUCUAUUCUUUUGUAUUCUCUCUCUCUCUCUCUCUUUCUCUCUUUCUGUGAGCCCUAUGUCCAAUGGCUUCAAGUGCUUCAAGAUUCAUCAAAUGUGUAACGGUGGGUGAUGGGGCUGUUGGGAAGACUUGUAUGCUAAUUUGCUACACCAGUAAUAAAUUCCCCACUGACUACAUACCAACCGUGUUUGACAACUUCAGUGCAAAUGUGGUAGUUGAAGGCACCACUGUCAACUUAGGGCUCUGGGACACAGCUGGGCAAGAGGAUUACAAUAGAUUGAGGCCCUUGAGCUAUCGAGGGGCGGAUGUAUUUGUCUUAGCUUUCUCGCUAGUUAGUCGCGCGAGCUACGAGAACAUUCUCAAAAAGUGGAUCCCUGAACUCCAGCAUUUCGCCCCUGGAGUUCCAGUAGUACUGGCUGGCACCAAAUUGGAUCUUCGUGAGGAUAAGCACUAUUUAUCUGAUCAUCCUGGCUUGGUGCCUGUGACCACUGCACAGGGAGAGGAGCUCCGGAAACAGAUUGGUGCAGCAUAUUACAUUGAAUGCAGCUCUAAAACUCAACAGAACGUGAAAGCAGUUUUUGAUGCAGCGAUCAAGGUAGUUAUCAAGCCACCACAAAAACAAAAGGAGAAGAAGAAAAAGCAACGUCGAGGAUGUCUAGUCAAUGUUCUCUGUGGGAGGAGCCUUCCCUGUGUAAAAUGAAAUACAAUCUCUUAAAUCAAGUUCAAACUUCGUCGUCUUGGGUAGUUCAAACUUCGUCGUCUUGGGUUCCGCAUGUGAAGAUAUUGUUAGAUCCUCUCCAUGACAAAAUAUCAAGUUAUUGUGAUUGAUUACUUCCAUUUGCUUGUCCAUGAGAGAGACCAACAGCUACGCUAUCCCUUCCAUUGUGGUUGUUUAUCUUCUUGUUAUUGUAACUAAUACUUUCUUGUACAAGCAGUAUGACCAUUUUCCGCUUUGAAUUGUACGUUACCGAGUUGAGCAGUACAAGCAGCGACUUUCUCAACA